AUGGAGAAGAUUCCAAAGAAGAUCUCAAAGGAAGGGAGUGGCAACAAGAAACGUGUGAAGAAGAAUGUGGAGAGUUACAAAAUUUACAUCCUCAAGGUGUUGAAACAGGUGCACCCUGACAUUGGCAUUUCUAGCAAGGCCAUGGGGAUUAUGAACAGUUUCAUCAUUGACAACUUCAAGAAGGUCGCUCAAGAGGCCUCACGCGUGGCCCAAUACAACAAGAAGCCAACUAUCACAUCACGGGACAUCCAGACAGCAGUGCGAUUGGUGUUGCCUAGUGAAUUGGCUAAACAUGCCAUUUCUGAGGGGACAAAGGCUGUUACCAAAUUCACCAGCUCUUGA